UUUAAAAUGACAUCAAAGUACGGAAAGUCUCAAACGUGAAACGUCGGGCAACGGUCUGAAUCCUGAGACACGCUGAGUGCUGACUGCUAAUUUUAUAAUUCAUAGUAAACUAGUUUGUGUAACUCUACCUUUCAUAUUUAGUUUUUCUGUAAAUUUUUGUUCUUACACAUUUUAACCACCAUCCAACUUACUACCGUGACAUUUUCUACGUUACAAAUAAUUUCGUGGAAUAUGAGCAAAAAAGCAAAAACCACACCUAAGGAAGAAUUACCACCAGGAUCAUUAUUAAAAGAUAUUAAAGGUAUCGAAUGGGAGAUUCAAAAUAUAAUUGGUAGUGGAGGAUUUGGAUAUGUUUAUUGUGGAAAAAAACAUAAGUGUAGAACGAAAACAGAAUAUGCAAUAAAAACGGAAAAUAUGGAAAGUGGACCCCUGUUUGUGGAACGAAUGUUUUAUCUCAAAAACGUGAAGGAAGAAGAUGUUAAAAAAUGGAUAACAAUCAAAAAGUUGAAAGAAUUACCAUUGCCUAGAUUCUAUGGUUUUGGUAGCACUAUUCAUAAUGAUAACAAAUAUAGGUUUAUAGUCAUUGAAAAGUUUGAUAAAGACUUGGAGGCAUUCCUUCGUACUGUUUCAGAUAGGUUACUGCUAGGUGCUGUCAUUAACAUAAUUCGACAAAUUAUUGAUGCUUUAGAGUUCAUACAUGAAUGUGGAUAUGUUCAUUGGGACAUCAAAUGUCAAAAUAUAUUUAUUGGCAAAGAGCCAAAAAAUAAUCAUGUGUAUUUAGGAGAUUUUGGUAUGGUAACUAAGUAUAAGACUGAAGAUGUUAAGCCAGAUAAGAAAUGUGCCAAUAAUGGUACACUAAAUUAUAUAGCUCUAGAUGGUCACCUUGGAAUGCAUACUCGACGUGGUGAUCUGGAGAGCUUAAUGUACAAUGGCUUGGAAUGGUUAAAAUUAAAAUUACCGUGGACAAAUUUAACAUUGCCAAAAACCAUUAAAUCUAAAAGUGAUAUGAAAGAUGCAAUUUUAACUGCAGGGCCGAAUAAAAAGAUUUAUGAUUUUAAUAAAGUACCAAAUUGUUAUUUUGAAACCAUGCGUUUGAUAUAUAAUCUGGAACCAGCUGAAAAGCCAGAUUAUGCUUUGUUGAAAAAGCUAUUAAAGCAGUAUAAAACAGAGAAGUUAAGUUGAAGAUAACGAAUACAAAAUUAAGUGUACCUAAUUUAUAUUUAAAAAAAAGUUAAUAAUGAUAUAUUGUAAAGUAUAUUAUAGUAUGUACAGUGUUGAUUUAUAAUUUAUUAUACAAUUAAUUCCUUCUAAAAAAGAAGUUUUGUACACUUAUAAUACUAUUUUUUUUUGUCUUAAAUUUGUAUGUACAUUGGUUACUCAACUAUACCUUUUUUAAAGUUGUUUAUGUGUCCUAAAAUAAGUUAGUUAAAUGCUGUAUUAAAUAUUUUCUAUUUCAAAAUUGUAUACCAUCAAAUAUAUUUUUUUAAGGUAA